AUGGUGAAUGGACAAGAAGAGAAUGCAGCAUUUCGGCACACAGCCACGCAGUCGUCCAUGUACGGGACCUGGUAUAGCGAAAAUGCAGUGGACGGUGUAGGCGGCAGCUGUUCCCACACCAACACACAGACCGACCCGUGGUGGAGAGUAGAUCUGAUGACAGUAUACAGAGUGAACAGAGUGGCCAUCACUAACAGACUGAGCUCCUAUUCUGAAAUAGCAUCCAGAAUAAAUGGGGCGGUGAUUCGUGUCGGGAACGUCCCUGAUGUUUACAGCAACCCUAUAUGUGCUGUAGUUUCUACUAUUCCUUCUGGAGCCACGGCCAGCUUCUCAUGCGGUGGGAUUGAGGGACGUUACGUGACUGUUCAUAUUCCUGGAAAUGGGAAAAUUGUUACUCUCUGUGAGGUUGAAGUCUAUGGGUAUUUGGGAGGAAAUCGGGCAGUAGAUGGAGCCGCUACACAGUCAUCAACAUUUGGGAACUGGUUCUCUGAAAAGGCCAUUGAUGGCAAUCGAGGUCUCCUGCAGUUGUAUACGGGAUGCUCCUCAACUCUCAAUGAGACUAACCCCUGGUGGAGGGUGGAUCUGCGUCAUAUUUACCGAGUUAGUGAAGUGGUGGUCACUAACAGAAAAGACUGCUGUGCAGAACAAAUAAACGGAGUGGAGAUUCGCAUCGGAAACUCUUUGGAGAGCAACGGCAACGACAAUCCCAUAUGUGCUGUUAUUCCUGCUAUUCCAGCAGGUGAGUCCUACAGCUACUCGUGCGGUGGGAUGGAUGGACGUUACGUGAAUCUGAUCAUUCCUGGAGACAUGAAGAUACUCACUCUGUGUGAGGUGGAGGUCUAUGGAGAAGGUCCUGUUUUAAAAAGAUCAUUUGUAAAAAUGCAGUUUAACUCCAGAGCUGAUUUGACUGACCCGUCAAUAGGAGAAAAUAUUCUGAAACAGGUGGGAUCUGCUCUAGCUGCUAGAGGAUUCACAAACGUGACACUACGUUGGUCUCAAACCCCUAAACGGGAAGUGAUGCAGAAGGUGGACACUGCUAUACGUCGUUGUGGUAAAGCAAAAUAG